UCCCUCCACUUGCGUACUACACCACCGCAUCUUCAUUUCUCUCUCAAAUGGCUGAUGAAACAAAAUCGAGAUGGGAAGGAAAGGUCACGGCGGAGCUAAAAGCCUCAACGGCAGAUGAGAUAUGGCCGUUCAUAGCUGAAUUCUGCAACUUGGACAAGUUUUUCCCCACGGUUGAUACGUGUUAUCGAAAGGAAGGGACUCCUGGUCAGCCCGGUCUGGUCCGUUACUGUGAAGGCAAGAGCGGGUGGGUCAACGAGAAGCUUUUAACCAUCGAUCCGAUCAAUCACUCGCUAAGCUACGAGAUCCUGGAAAAUAACAUGGGGUUCAAAAACUACGUCGCCACUUUCAAAUUGUUGCCGGUGGAAGGCAAUGGUUGCAAGAUCGAGUGGUCAUUUAUUUCCGAUCCGAUCGAAGGGUUGAGAUUGGAAGAUUUGGUUUCUCUUAUUGAUGAUACUCUGCAAUUCAUGGGAAAGAAAAUGGAAGAGGCUGCACUUGGUCAAAGCUAGACGUUGA